CCAUCCCCUCUUCUCAUCUCUCUCUCUCUCUCUCUCUCACAUAGGAACUCUCAAGAGGGUUUCAAGCUUUAUAGUCACUGCUACAAUUCCAUUUCACAAAUAUGAAAGUUCUCAUUUUCACAAGCAUUAGUGGAGCAGGAGGAGUUCUAUAAAAGUCUUAAUUGUACGGAGUUCAAGAUUCAUCAGUAUAUUUCAAUGGCUUUAAUGAGCACUCCAGGAGGCAAUUCGGCAUUAGCUUCUUCUUUAACACCUCGAUGGAAGUACGAUGUCUUCCUUAGUUUUAGAGGUGAAGAUACUCGUAAUGGUUUUACAGACCAUUUAUAUGAUGCUUUGCAACGUAAGGGUCUUUUCACUUUUAGGGAUGAAGAAAAACUUGAUAAAGGAAAAUCUAUUUCCCUAAAUCUCUUGAAAGCAAUAGAAGAAUCGAGAUUUGCUAUCAUCGUUCUCUCAAAAAACUAUGCAUCUUCCACGUGGUGCUUGGAUGAACUUGCACAUAUUGUUAGAUGCAUGAAAGAAAAAGGAUUGAUAAUUCUACCGGUAUUUUACCAUGUAAAUCCAUCUUAUGUACGAAAACAGACCGGAAUUUUUGCACAAACCUUUGAUGAAUACAAAAAACGUUUCAAGGAAAGCAUGGAGAAGUUGGAAACAUGGAGAGAUGCUUUGACAGAAGUUGCCAAUCUCUCUGGUUGGCAUUUACAAGACAGGCAUGAGUCAGAAUUUAUCCAACAUAUUGUACAAGUGAUAUUACAAAAAUCGAGCUCUAGUUUCUCAAGCUUUACCAACGACUUGGUAGGAAUAGAUUCUUCAGUGGAAGAAUUCAUCACUUCAAAUUUAGAUCUUGGGAAUAAUGUUUGCAUGACAGGGAUUUGUGGUAUGGGGGGGCUGGGAAAGACAACUCUUGCUAGAGUUGUUUAUGAUAAGUUUGGUAAUAGUUUUGAAGGUUCAAGUUUUAUUGCAAAUGUUAGAGAAGAUUCUGAAAAAUAUGGGUUGUGUCGAUUACAACAACAACUUCUUGUAGACAUUUUAGAGGAAAGAAAUAUAGAUAUAAGGAAUGUAUAUCAAGGAGUUGACAUGAUCAAGAAUAGGCUACGUCAUAAAAAAAUCCUACUUGUUCUAGAUGAUGUCAACCAACUUGACCAAUUAGAAAAAUUGUCUGGAGAGUAUGGCUGGUUUGGAUUGGGGAGUUGGAUCAUCAUAACAACUAGAGAUGAACAUUUGUUGGUCCAACAUGGAGUGCAUAAAAUAUAUAAGCUUGAUGCAUUAAAUAGUGAUGUUGCUCUAAAACUUUUUUGUUUGAAAGCCUUCAAAAAAGAGCAACCCAAAGAAGGAUAUAUGCAACUCUCCCAAGAAUUUAUAUACAUUGCUAAUGGUCUUCCAUUAGCUCUUGUUACUUUGGGUUCCUUUUUGUUUGGAAGGACAAUGGAUGAAUGGAAAAGUGCAUUGGCAAGUGUUAAAAAAAAUCCUAAAAGAGAAAUAUUUGAUACGCUUAAAGUCAGCUACGAUGGACUAGAGGAAAUGUGGAAGGAAAUAUUCUUGGAUAUUGCAUGUUUCUUUAGAGGGAAGACAAAAGAUCGAGUAGUAGAGAUAUUAGAAAAUUGUGGUCAUGAUGCAAGAAUUGGUAUGAGUAUUCUCAUGCAUAAAUCUCUCAUAACCAUAGAAAACAAUAAAUUAUGUAUGCAUGAUUUACUACAAGAAAUGGGUAAAGAAAUUGUCCGUCAAGAAUCACGUGGAGAGCCUGGAAAGCGUAGCAGAUUGUGGCUUCUUGAGGAUUUGUUUCAUGUAUUGACUAAAAAUACGGCAACAGAAGCAAUUCAAGCCAUAGUCAUAAACCGUUACCAAUGGGACAGAGGAGAUUGGACCUUUGAACCCCCCUUUUAUGAAUGGGAAGUACCACACUGGAACAUUGAAGUCGUUCCUGAAGCUUUUUCAAAGAUGGGUAAUCUUAGAUUGCUUAUAGUUGACAAUAUGUCUAUAUUGAAUGGCCUCAAUCAUCUUCCAAAUGACCUAAGAUUUCUUGACUGGUUUGGCUAUUCUUCAAAAGUUUUGCCGUCCAGUUUCCAACCAAAAGAGCUUGUUGAACUUAAUUUACAGUUUAGCGAAAUUAAAUAUCUUUGGGAAGGAGUGAAGUAUUUAGACAAGUUAAAAUGCAUGGAUCUCAGUUAUUCAGCGAGGCUUGUUCAUACACCUGACUUCAAUGGGUUUCCAAGGCUAGAGAGACUAAUUCUUAGUUGUUGCACUAAUUUGGUUGACAUCCACCCAUCUAUUGGACAACUCAAGAGGCUUGUUGACUUAGAUCUGGAACACUGUAAAUCUCUUACCAAUCUUCCCAGCAUAUCUACUGAAAUGGAGUCCCUUCAAAUUCUUAAUCUUUUUGGGUGUUACCAACUCAGGGAAAUUCCAGAAUUUAAUGGAAUUUUGAAAAGCCUAUCAGAACUUUAUUUGGGUGGGACUAGAAUCAAAACACUACCCUCAUCAAUCGAUUGUUUGACUGCCCUUACUUUAUUAAAUCUAAAAGACAGCGAUCUCAAUUGUCUUCCAAGUAAUAUGAAUGGUUUGGCCUCUCUUGAAAAACUCGUCCUCACGGGAUGCUUCCGUCUUUACGACCUGCCAGAGAGCAUUUGGAAAAUAGAGUGUUUGAAGGAACUUGAGUUGAUUGGAACUUCCAUUUGGAAACUUCCCUCAGCCAAUGAUGUCUGGAAAGAUCGAUUGAAAGAACAAUUUGUGCGGAAUAUACCCUGGAAGUUUUGCCGAGAACCUCAAUCGUCAGAACCUUCUUAUGAUGAGCUCAGCCGUAAAGCAGCAUUUACAAUAUUGAACCGUUACCUACAGGGACUCCUUCGUGGAAAAACUGAAUUUCAGACAAUUAUUCCCGGAUAUGGAAUUCCGGAGUGGAUAACUUAUACAUUUCGGGGGGAUUCAAUAAGAAUAGCGCUGCGUCCAAAUUGGUGUAAUAGUAAAUGGAUGGGAUUCAUUCUCUCUGCUCAUAUCUAUUUAAUUGAGGAAAGAUUUGGUCUUGGAGUUCGUGUGAAAGCCCUUGGUGACAUACCACACGGUCAAUAUGCCUCUAAAACUUUCUUUAGAAUAACAGCCUCGCGGCAGAUCGCUCACUACAAUUGUCUAUUGUAUUUGUGUCGUGAUGAUUGGUUUGCUGCUGUUCCAAAUGCUGAUCAAUGCAGUCUGAUUGAGGUUGUAUUUGAGAACUAUGGCUCAAUAAGGGAAGUGAUGCAUUGUGGGGUUGGUUUGGUAUACGAGCAAGAUGUGGAAGAGUUUAACCAAACAAUUGCACAAACUGGGGAGUCACCAAGUCACUACGGGUUGAAUGGUGUCGAGAUCCUUGAGUAGCUGUAACGACACUGAGCCUAAAUGCAUUUAAGAGCUUUUCUGUGGUUAUGACAAUUGACAUGUCUGCAGAAGAUGACACUCAUGCAUAAUUUGUUUAUACUUUGACUGGUUACUAAACAGGGAAGAUUUCCAUAGGGUGAAUUUCAAAUCAGGCUACUGCUAUUUGAAGUUCAUAAGCAUUUCUGUCAGUCUGACUAUGUAUUGGAUUUUUUUUUUUUUUCUUAAGAAAAAAUUCUGGUAUGUUGUAUUGAAUUCAUAUUUGGUUUCAGUUAUCAUAAUUUGAAAAUGUAAUUGAGUGACAAAUC